CGAAGCUAUUUACUUACCAACUACUAUUGACGAGGGUUUUGUAGUUUCUUAUUAGAGUUAAUGAUAUAUAUUUUAUCUGAUUACUACAUUUUUAUGUAAAGUUUAUUCAAAUGUUAAUAUAGUUAUUAGAAAAAAAGCUGUUCAUUAACAACAAUUGUAUAGUAAAAAUGUCAUAUGUUUCUGAAACACUUCAAUGGCCGUACUGUUCGAGUGUCAAUAAUAAGUGUUUUGCUGUUCCGGAACUGUAAAUUGAUAUGUUUUCAUCAAGGAAUGUGAUAAUGAAUAGUUUUCAAUGGCGCAGAUGGUUUCUUUUUUUGAUUUUCGCGGUGUACCGGAGGUUAGAUACCGUCGAUGGUUUAAAAUGUUACUGCAACAGUGAGAGAUGUCCAAACUCCACAUGUGAAACUGAUGGGUAUUGUUUCGCAUCUACAAGUCUCGAGAAUAAAGUACAGAAAUUCACGUACCAUGCGGUGAUCUUAAGCUGUAUGAACUUGAACGUUGCAUUCCCUCCUGAAAACCCAGUAAAAUGCAAAAACUCUACAAUGUAUUGCUGUAAAACUGAUUUCUGCAAUUCUGAUGUGAUAAUACAAGAAAAAUUGUCCAAAGUGCUUCAUGCCUCCUCAAUGGAGACGGGAACCACAGCGACGGCAUGGAAAGUAUUGCCAUGGGUGAUGGGGUUGAUGGUUCUCGGGGUUUGCGCUGCGAUUAGCUUGUGGUGGGCGAAGAGAUCUCAUGGCCCGAAGAAACGGGUCACUUCAAGAACGCCCUAUCCGAGCGAUGACCCGGGGAGUGAGGCCAGGCACCCCAUGAUGAGAACUACCACUAUACGGGAUAUGAUCGAACUCACCACUUCUGGAUCCGGUUCCGGGCUGCCUCUACUAGUCCAGCGUUCAAUCGCUCGUCAGAUCCAACUGGUGGACAUUAUCGGAAAAGGUCGUUUCGGAGAAGUCUGGCGCGGUCGUUGGCGCGGUGAGAAUGUCGCCGUCAAAAUAUUCUCCUCCCGUGAAGAGUCCUCUUGGUUCCGCGAAGCCGAAAUAUACCAGACGGUGAUGUUACGUCACGAGAACAUUCUUGGCUUCAUCGCUGCUGACAACAAGGACAACGGCACUUGGACCCAGCUAUGGCUGAUCACUGACUAUCAUGAGAAUGGCUCUUUGUUUGAUUUCCUGAGUGCGAGGACAAUAGACUCUAUGACGCUGGUGAAGAUGUCGCUCUCCAUCGCCACUGGUUUAGCCCAUCUACACAUGGACAUCGUCGGCACUAAAGGCAAGCCAGCCAUAGCCCACAGAGACCUGAAGUCGAAGAACAUUCUAGUGAAGAGUAACCUAACUUGCGUGAUCGGUGACCUGGGUCUGGCAGUGCGUCACAACGUGGCGAGUGACUCUGUAGACGUGCCCACCACGAACAGAGUCGGUACGAAGCGCUACAUGGCUCCCGAGGUGCUCGACGAGACAAUGGACACGCGGCAGUUUGACCCUUACAAGCGUUCUGACGUGUACUCGUUCGGCUUGGUGCUGUGGGAGAUGGCUCGGCGAUGCGGUGUGAUGCCCGAUGAGUACCAGCCUCCGUACUACGACUGCGUGCCACCAGACCCAGCGCUUGAAGACAUGCGUCGGGUCGUCUGCAUUGAGAAACGGAGGCCCAACGUACCGAACAGAUGGCAUUCGGACCAUGUGCUGUCCUCGAUAUCAAAGGUGAUGAAGGAGUGCUGGUACCAGAACCCAGCUGCCCGUCUCACCGCACUUCGCAUCAAGAAGACGCUUGCCAACAUCUGCACGCCCGACUACAUCAAGUUGGAUGUCGAGCUGGAUGAAAUAAGGGUUUGAUACUUGGACUUUGCAUCGUUACUGAAUGGACUAGAUUUUCAAGCUACGAGCAUGACUCCUGAUCCCUACCUCUUAGAAUAUAUUUGUGUGAAAUCUUGAAGGAGCAUUUAUUUAAUACUAUCAUAUGGAUUUGAAGUUGUAGUGAUAUUUUUUCGUUACCAACUACGUAAGUUUAACUUUUGUUACGUGUUCCGAUUCGUUUAUUGUGCAUAAUAAAAUAGAGCCGUACUUUUAUUUUUGUAAACUAUGUUUUCUGUGAUAUGAAAUUAAAUCGCAGCUAUUGUUAUAAGUUUUAUUUGUGUUUGUUCAUUAAUAUAAUCGUAGCUCUAAGUGCGACUGCCGCCACCGCGUUGGACUUUGUAUAUUUAAACGCAGUUUUGAUGUAAUUUAAUGAUUUCUUUCUUCCACAUAGACACUGUACGAAGCCUAUGUAACAUUGUAAGCUCGUUGUAUGAAACCGUGGUUAGCCAACAGCAGAUAUCGUGGGACGGUACAUGCAAGGCCGUAGCUAAGAGGUUCCGAGACUUCCGAACCUGGUGAGACAAGCGCUCUCCCGACUGACUCGACUACUCUUCCGUUAAUUAUAACUAUCCCAUUACAAUAUUUACAAUUUAACGAACAAAGACUAAUGCAUACAAACAGUGAUUUAAUUGUGGUUGUGAAUUGCAAAUCUAUUUCUAUUAACAAAAUUAAAAUGUACUUAAUUAUAAAAUAAUUUCAAGUUAACAACAAUGACAAUAUUAAUUAUUUAUCUGGCUACGGCCUUGGAAACACGUCUUCCUAAAACGAGCACUUCGCUAAGUUAAGUUAAGAUUAUGAGCAUAUGCCAGGUUUAAGUUCUGUUCAGAAAGAGCGCAUCGGCACAUUUGUAUGUAACGUUAUAUUGCGUUAGGUUUAUGGAUAUACUUAAGUGAUUUCUAGUGUCGUGGACGCGAGGUUAGACUUAGUCACUUUGGUGAGUUUUAACAUAAUUUUGAUACAUCAGUAAAGCACCUAUUUUCUUACUUAUUCCGAAAUUGGAAUCCUUGGCGUUAAGAUAUUUCGAGUUUGUAUAUAAUGAACCGUGUUUACACACUAUUACGACCUACUGUAUGCGUAAGGACUUUGAUAAGUAAGCACGUAGAUUUCAUACUUUUGUGUAUUGUUACAUGUAGACUAACUAUUUUAUUUAUUGUCUUUUAUUUAGGAUGAUCUAUCGCCAGUGAACGCUUGCGACAUUGUACUUCUAAUUUUACGUACAAAUACAUAUUUGUUGUUUAUAAAAAGAAAAUUAUCUUUGGUAAAAUAUUCAUGAGCGCAUAUUAAGGUUAAGUUGUUGAGCAUUUGAUAUAAUAAUAUAUAUUCGAGUAAGAAAGUGUAACAGUUAACUAAAUUCGUCGACAAGUAAAACUUAGAGACUGAAUCUAGCUCCAGUAAAUUUUAGACCUCAUUGCCUUUUGGUGACCUCAUCUUGUGGUGAUUCGGUGUUUAUACAAGUGCUUCGAAUUUGUUUUCAUGUCGUCCGACUUAUAUAAACACGAUUGUAUGGCGAUUGGCGUCGGCCAAAAUCAAGUAUGUGUCUAAAAUAAAUUCAAGUCAUGGGCGUAAAGAGGCCCUUGAUAAUAACAUUUUAAAGUUGGAUCAAAAUAUUUUUUUAAAUGUUUAGAUUUUAUCGCUGUAGCAGCGUAGUGUAUGUAGUGUUGUCAUUAACAAAUGCGCGUGUGCACCGCCUGCGACGCAACGACUUGCAGCAGCAGCGACUAUAAACGUAAUUAUAGUACAAUAUAGCAGUCUGUCCGUCUGCCGCACCUCGGGACUCGGGUUUGUUAAAUUCCAUAUUUUAGUCUAUGUUAGAAGUCGCGUUACUUGCUUCGACGCUCCAGGAGCCUAGGUAAUAUUCCAUUGUCAUUGAUAGUUCUCUAGUUGAGAUGGUUGUUUCAUAUAAAUAUAACAUUUACGUGUGUUGCCCUUCCCUUUCAAACUUUAAUAGCCAAACAUUUGCCUCCCUAUCUUAAUGUUAAUGCGCUUAAACGCAUGUGAGUACUAGGACCCGUUAUUCAGUGAAUCUGAAAGUAAAUGUUAAUAAAUACUAAAUGUAGAUUUUGUACUCCUUAGUCUGACUCAAAAAGUAGUAGCGUGUUAAAUAUUACCUUAUUCAACGUAUUUAAGGAAUAUUGUGUGUUUAUUGAAGUAAUGUAGACUUCCGACGAUUAGUGUGUCGCUCGAGCUAUUGUUAAAUUAAGAAAAUUAUCCUCAAUUCUAUUAUGUACUUUGAUGUCACAAACACGGAUGAAUAUUAUUUUUAAGAAGCAUAUAAUAUUUGCCUUUUACAAUCUUGAAGCAAUAAUAUUACCUACUGUUUUAUCAGGUUUAUUAAAUAUUUAUUAAAAAGUUUAUAUAAACAUCUGUAUUGUCUGUUUGAAAGUAUAAAGUGUUAUAGAUUGGUCGCGUAUCGCAUGUGUACAACUUGUGACCUGUGCGUACUGUCCGUACGUAGUGCACGCAGCGAGCGCCGCGCGCCGCAGCCUCGUCACAUGCGACAGUCGGCGCGCAAUUGUUUUGUGAUAUUGUCAAUUGUACAACUUGAGUAGCAGAACGCAGAUUAAAUAUCGUGUUGUUUUAGUGUUAACAUUUUAAUACUCUGUAAAACGUCUAGAUUCCAUCGAAAAAGCAAUUUUUAUACAAUAUACCAUUUUAAUUACAUUAUGAUUAAUAUAGCAUUUGUAACUCUGUAUUAAGGUUUAAAGAUCCUAUUAUCAUGUGUUUGUAAUUUUUCAAAGAUAGUCUAUUGUUUGGUAUAAAUAAUAUAAAUGAAAUAAAAAUAUUGUUAGUUUGUAAGUGUUAUGUUAUGUAACUGAAACACUCCAUACGUUCUACGGAUAACGUGAAACUGAAAGCAAUAGCCAAUCUACAAUUUCUAUACGACGGUUUUAGUGAAAAUGUCAAAUGACGACUCAUGUAAGUGAAAGUUAGCAUGCAAGCAAAAGAGCAAAGUACUCUUUAGUCUCAAAGUAUUUGGUAACGAGAAGGAGAAUGUGAAGUUUGGCAGCGCGAGAUAGAGCCUGUGGCAUCGGAUGCACGGACACAAGAUCUCAUUGUUUUAAAAAAGAUGUUCAAUCGGCAUAGUAUAUUGAUGUUAGUAGGUAGGUAUGUAAGGUAUUUUUACGUUGAGAUUAUAUAAGGUGAUAAGAAAGUAUAUUUUACCAGCUUUAAUGCUAUUCUCGCUGAUUUGAAUAUAUAAAUCCACUUGGUAGGAUUUGCCAUUGUCAUCCUUGUUACUAAAUACUUAGAGCCCUUGAAACAUCUCGUGUUAUUAAAAUGUAUGUCAUUCGUGUAAUACGUAUCUUUAAGGAUAUGAGAAUAUUUUAGAAUUUCUAGAUUUAGGACGUCAAGUUCAAAUUAUUGUCAUAAAAUGAGAAAUGUACAAGCAUCAAACUAUUUGUUUGAAAUUAUUUGAUGAGCAAUACCAAGAGAGUACAAGUAAUGUUUUACUGAAGUGCAAUAACUAAACAUGGACAAAUGCAGCAUCAUAUCACAUGAGCAUACUAAUUGGAUGGUUUAUAUUCCAAUAUUAAUGAUUUUAUGUAAAUAUAAUUAUUUAAUUAUCCCACUGCGUAAGUUUUAUUCUUUGGUUAUGGAGUGGACUAAUUAAUUUAAAAUAUUAUAAUAAAUAAAACCAGUG